UUAAUUUUCCCUUUCCAGCAUCAUUUUGGUGGUCGUUUCAAAGUUCACCUUGCAGUAGCUGCAACAUCUGACAGAUGUUAUCGCCUCAUCCUUGAGAUCAUGGAUUUAUUCAGCCUUGGUAAACUAAAGGAGCAGAAACAUACUAAAGUGAACACAUGUCUGUUCUUGGAGACUGUUUCAUUCAAAGAUGAGGCAACCCUUUACAGACUGUUGACAGAAUUCAGAAACAGUGAAAUCUCCAAAGAAGAAUUCAAUCUUCAACUGAAACAGAUUAAACAAGCAAACAAGGGAACUGAAAUCAGUCAGGAGGCAGCUACCGAUGUAUUGGUAUUAAAGGAACGACUGAAAGAAAAGGACAGACUGAUUGAGGAGCUGAGGACGCAGAACCUAUUACUUAGACAGGAACUGGAUAAGAUGAGAAAAGAGAAAUCACAGCAGCUACAAGAGCAUCGGAAUAAAGAAACUUUGCAAGAGGCAGAGAGAUUGCCUGAGCCUGAUGUGUAUGCAUUCAAUGAUAAUGAUGAUGGCCGUGACUUUCAAAUAACCCUAGUUCAGAAUAUACUUCAUGAGGAAUCGGCACAGGAACAUCUUGAGAAUAUUCCUGGCGUGGAAUGUCCAGAGCUUCCAGUGAUAUCUUACAAAGGAAGAGCAUCAAGAAUGGGUAGAAAGACUCUUCAAUCAAGUUCAAAUAUGAGAAGCUUGAAGAAAACAGCACCUGAAAAGGCAUCAAGGAUUGCAGAAAGUGAGGAAAUGGCUGAGUCCUACUUGCAAAAAAGGAGACACAUGAAUAAUGAGAUACCCCCCUGCAAAUUCAAGGUUGGAAUGAUUGUGGAGGCAUUAGAGGAUGACGGCUUUUGGUAUAAAGCCAAAGUAUUGUCACUACAGAAGGAAAGAGUUAAAAUACAUUGGACUGGUUAUAACUUGGAUGAGUGGCUUUCAACAAAGAAGGUCAGGUUUGAGUUGAAGACUGGUGACAAGGUUGAGGCUCCAUGGUUGGUGCACAGAGCAGCUCGAUACCCUGGCCAUGUUGAGCGUGUUGAUGGAGAAUAUGUGCUAAUUGAAUUUAGUGACAUGACAAAGAAAAGAAUUCAUUUCAAGUAUAUUGAGAAGAAAACGAACCAUCUCUGAAACCAAACUGGACUUUCAAGACAACCGGACACUGAGAUAAGCCCAAGUUCAUAAGUUUGAAUUAUCAAGUUGGAAGAAAUCUUGUAUAAAGAAAUCUCUAUCUUUAUUUCUAUUUCUUCUUGAUUUAUGUUAUGUUAGGUAUUUUAAUUCUUGAGCAGCAUCCUACUUCUGGAAACCCUUUACCCUACAACUUUAAGUUGUUUUCAAUGGGAAAACGUUAUUUAAUGAAAUUUAUACUAAACUCUCCAUAAUGUUUGCUGAAGUAAAACAAUUCUGCUACAUGUAACUAAAAAAAAUAAAUCUGCCAGAGUUUACACAAGUUCAAUUGAAGUAGAUCCCAAAGUGCAGAUUUACAGAUUUCUGUCAUUUGUAUUUUUUCUCGGUUUCCAUGAAAACGAUUUGGACUUAGUCU